CCUUCCUUAACAGGAGGGGAAGCAACAGGGUGGCGAACGAUGAAUAUAGGGGCAAAACCAUAAACCAUGUUUGUACUAGAGAUUAUUGAGUCGAUCGUCGCGUCGUUGCUACACAACCACUCUGAAGCUAGGAAACAAUGAGAAAGAAGGGCGGGAAGGAAAGGGCGGAACCGACGCGAAGCGCAAGGGUAGGGCCGGCAGGGAAGCAGGGCAGCAGAAGCCAUUUACCAAACCAAUACAACCCGUGCGGAACCGAACAUCUUGAAAAGCCAUGCGACGAUGAUGGAGAAUCAUUACCCUUAUGCCCACUUAUGCCAACGAUUGAGAGCGAUGAGACCGGAGUAGUUACGUUAGUAAGAAAGAGAGAAAAUGCGGAAGGAAUAGGUCGCUCUGCAGUAAAAAAUCGUGGAGGGAAGUGAAGCUGAGACAUCUGCGGAAUGCGACUUCCAUUGCAGCGAAUAGGAUAAUGUUUGUUGGUGUGUAGGGAAGUGUGCAGACCGUAUGUGCUGUGCUGCUAGCGAUCGAGAAGAGCUAUCGGUAGAUUGUUCAGAGUCUGUUUUAUAUUUUCGGUCAUUUUUAAUCCUAAACAAUUCUUAGCGUUUAAACGAUAUGCCAAUAGCAACCCAGGACUAGUUCAGUGCAGAUCUGAUGCAAACAGCGCUUACUUGGAACCCCACCCAGAGAGAAAGCACUGGAUUCAUAGGGAAAACGAUCUGCCAUCUUCUGCUCCCUGACUUCAUUGAACGAAGGGCUCUACCUUAAGAUCCAAGCGGUUUGCUAGCUAGCAACCAGAUUUUACCUGGGACUCACGGAGCGCUGGUAAUUUGUGCGCGAGAGAGUGUGUUUUUCUGAGUAUUUCUUCUUUUAAAGAGGAAAGCAAAUGGCGAAAUUUUUCCAAACCAUUUCCGCAUUGUAUGACCUAGUUUCCAUUGCCCACCAACUCCGCGCCAGCUCCGCAGGAAAGCCGUAAAGUUGGCAAACAUUCUACCAAGACACAGCGAAUGAGAAGCUGGAAGCUAACGAACUGAGCAAGGAAUAAUGAAUAAUGGAGAGAGAGACACGUAUUAAAACAAAUGAAAAUAAUUACGCAAAACAGUAUUCCUCUCUGCAACUUCGACAGAUGGAAUGGAGCAAUGAAAUGAAGAGAAAGAAGAUGGCAUUUGGUGAAACGGAAACUAGCCGAAGCCGACAACUCGAACACAAAAGAAAAACUGUUGCAGCAAGAUUGCUCUACACUCACAAACAAACAAGCGAGGUUGAGGAAAUGAAAUAAAUGAAGAAAAAGAAGAAAAAAACCCAAGGUUGCAAACAAACCUACAUUUACGAUGGAAAAGGGAAUUGAAUUUUAUAACAAAUAAAAACAACCACAAAAAAGAGAAAACAAACAAAGUUAAGCCAACAAAACCCAUUAGUCAAACAACCAGAUCAAAUAACCUUUACCAAUAACGAAGUACGCAAAGGGGAAGUAGCCGGUUGAGGGAACGCAACCAACAUCUUCCCUCGCAACCAAAUCGCAAGAAUAGAAGCAAAGAAAACAAGAGCGAAAAAAAGGGAAGUGAGAGACAAAGAGAAAAGAGUAGAGGGUCAAGGAUUUAAGCAAAGAUACACACAGCAAAUAUAAGAAACUCUAUACAAAAUUACUAAACACUACUAACUACUAACUACUAACGGUUAUUAUGAUUAUUAUACAUUCCCCUCAAUCCACACACAAGCGAACACAAACACAUACAAACCCUCGCGCAUGGGUAGAAAAGGCAGAAAGCAGGCUAUGAAAAGAUCAACAUCACAUCGCAGCGAUGGGAGUAAUUCCCUUUGCCGAUUAUUAAUUGUGUUCACUAUUGUUUCGGAGCAUUGCCAUGUUACUGUUGAAUGGAAGACUCCUCCAACGAAAUCACAUAUUCACACAUACACACUCGUGUGAUUGCACUCGGAUUGUAGGAUUGAGGGCUGGUUUUAAAUGCAAAUGCAAAUUAUCUUACCUGGUGAUUCAAAAUUGCAGUCCAUCACAUUUUCCUGUAUACCCUGGUGUAUGAGAAAAUGUGUGACUCGUUCUAUCAAGCAGAGGUUUCCCCACUAAAUGCACUUUAACUCUGAACUUCUGUUGAAUCCAAAACAGCGCGAUUGAGAUAAAUAUUGUGUUGUAAAAACUCCCAGCUUACUACGAGCGCCAAGGGCAUUAUUGUUCACGUUCACUGCUGCCGUACCUUACCCAUGCACACACACACACAACUGCAGACACGCACAUACACACGAGAAAAAAAAACUUACAUUGAACCCUGUGCCAAUUACUCGUAAGAUUAUUAGAAAACCGAAAACCGAUAAUCAGGCAGACGAGGGUCAAGCGCUCAUUAUGCUGCGUUGAAGAAUUCCAUAAGAGUGAAGUGAGCUAGAAAUGUGAGCGAAACAACUGAGCUGAAAUGUGCGGGCUUAGCGAAAAACACACAACACACUCUCUCACUGAAGCUCUACUACACUGACACUAAGUACACUAAUUGCUCGUUUCCGUGGCAGCCGUGAAAACGAUAAGCAAUCCUGAGAAGCUGAGGAACCGUUUCGGCGAUACGCUCACACCUUUUCUCUUCCCGUUUUGCAAAGAGCCUUGGAAACGAGGAGGUGAAAAAGGCCGAACAGAAAGUGGCAAGUACACAACGGAAGUCUAUGGUCGUGUAUAGAGCUCUUGACUUUAUUGGGUUGUUUUUUGUACUCUUUUUGGAACUGUCUAAUAAGUAUUCACCUUCAAACCAUGAUACUGUAAGCACGCGAACGGAACCGCAGUUGGCGGUUCCGCACCAGAACGUAAACGUAGAAUCUCAAGAUAUGGUGUCAAAAUGCGAAACCAAAACGAAAAAGAAACAUGAAUAAGCAAAACACGCAUGGUAGGUCGAGCGAAACGUCGAACGAAUUAAAAAAGGGAAAAUCCAACAGCAGAAUGAUGAGGAAAAAAAAUGGUAGAAACCAACACAAUGUGCAGAAGUGAAACAAAACAA